ACGUAUAUACUGUAAGCACGAAGAACUAACCUCAUCCUCAACCCUCUCAAUGUCCUAUACAAAAACAUUAGUCCUCCGCCUUCGCCGUAUCCUUCGUAUACAAGCCACUGGGUAAUAUUACGUGCAAAGAAAUGGCGGCAGGUUUCGUGGGAACCCAGUCACGAUAUAACGGAUCCUUCGAGAAGACAUAACAUGUUGCGAACGUGUCCCGGAGACUGGCAAUAUACUGCAUAAUCGUAUGUACGGCUGAUCGGACACUCGUGCGAACUCGUGAAUAUUCGGCACUAGUCGUGCGUACUUGGCUUCGGUCGUGUCUAUUCGGGCCUGAUCGGGCGGUGUCAUGGCGGCGCACGCCUGGCUCGUGUCUACCGAAAACUGGGGCAACUGUGUCGAUGUUUCGCGAGGGACAUAAAGACGGGACGAACUGAUUGGGUCUGAUGCUCUUUGAGUCCCAUAUUGAGAACACGUGGACCAACCUUCAGCAUCCACUUCAGGUGUACCUAGCGAUGCCGAAAUAACCGUGGUACCGGAAGUCGAAAAAGACUCGGAGGAAACAAACGAAAUUAUGGCGGACGAUGAAAAUCCAUCGGAUAAAAAUAUAAAUGUCGACACAAGCUCAAUGAAAACAAAUUUGGAGAAAGAAAGCGUCGAGCCCGUCGGAAGUGACUUACCGGAAAUAGAUGUGGAAUUAAUCGGCGACGUCAUUAACACCAUUGGCGAAGUACAUUUCGUCACUGGAAGCAGCUAUCAGGGUACUUGGGACGCUGUUGGAAUGACUGGCACUGGCAGAUACGUCAUGUCUCACGGCGUGGCUUAUGAGGGUCAAUUUCGGAACAACAUGUUUCACGGCAAGGGAACUUUGAGGUGGCCACAAAACCAAAGGAUUGAUGGAACUUGGAAAUAUGGAAAAUUACAAGAGUACAGUUUCACGUUCGGUGAUGGUUUGGAAUUUGAAUCAAGUAAUUGGAAGUAUUGCGAAUUUCCUGAUCGUCGAUUUCAUAUUUCUCCUAACAUUGAGGUGCAACCAGCUGGGAGAUCUUUGAAAACCAGAGUUCAACCAACUAGACUACUUCCGCCUGGAUGCUAUGAUACAGGAGAUGGCGUAUUCGACCCUCGUACCUAUUGCGUCACGUCUUACGACAAUCCAAAAAAGGUGCUCAGAAUUCCAAAAAAAGACGAACGCGAUUGGAUAGUAGCAAACUGUCGAAAAGCUUCGUACGAACCUACAGGAUAUCGAUCAGAUCUUAAGAAAGCUUGUAAAGAGGAUGUUUCAGGUCAAAAAAAUAUACCGUUUUCAAAAGAGUCCCCUGAUGAUUGGUGGCAACGAAUGACCACAUUUGAAAGAGACUUGGGAGUGUCGAGUGAUAACGAAGAAUUAAAAGGCAGAUCCGAAUACGGAGAAUAUGAUGAUGCAGUGAUAAGACCAACAACUUGUGCCUGCCGUGGAUUUGGAAAACUAGGAGAGUCUUGCUAUUGUAUUUAUCUCCAAGAUUCACGGUCUCAAAGUUCCGAUGGCGAAGGGGAAGAGUACAAGGAUGAUUUGCAAAAAGGCCGAGAAAUUUCUUGUGAUGAAAUGAAUGAUUUUGAUGGAGAAAAUUCAUGGAAACUUUUAGGAACUGUUUGUGGUCCAACGAAAAGUACUCAUACUCUUGUUAGAGAUUUUGAGAUUAAAUCAUCUGCUCAUUGGUCAGAUGAAGAAAAUAUAUGGAAUGACAACAUUGAAGAGAAAAUUUUAUAUGAAAUAAAAACUGAAAUACCAAAGAAAUCAGAGAAAAUGGACUCAGUGUCAUUGAAGCAAUCCAAAGAAGAAACUAUACAAGAAAAAGAAGACAGCAUUGAAAAAAUCUUUGAUUAUAUAAAUGAAGAGAGAGAAGCCGAUUGGCAAGAAAUGGAAGAAGAAACAAUUCCCAAUAAUAAAAAUAUGGAAGAAAAGGAAUCAGAGAAUGAAAUAUUAAGUAGAAUUUUAGAAAGCAAACUUAAAGAGGCGAACAAGAAAGUAGAAGGAACAGUAGAAAUACAAAAUGAAAGGAACAUAAAUAAAGAUGAGGAAGAAGGGAGGGAGAAGAACAUCGAGAGGAAAUCAAUGUUUAACGAAUUCUUUGCAAUUGAAGAGGAGCAAAUGGAGUAUGAAGAAAUAGAUGAAACAGACUCAGUAGCAGAAAUAAAACAAGUACAGCAAAUGGAAGAAAUAGAAAAAGCCAAAGAAAGCAGCAAAGCAGAACAAAUUGAAGAAAUUGAUCAAGUAGAAGAUAAUGGCGAAAUAAGGAAAACAAGCAAAGUUAUGGAAACAAAGAAAAAUACAGGAGGAUACCCAACAUCCAAAAAUAAAAAAGAAAAGAACCUAAAAUCAGGAUCAGAGUUUUCCUGGCAAUCCAAAAAAAAAGUAGCGCCAAUUGCAGCAUUGGAAAAACAACAGAACAGGGACGGGCAAUUGAGAGAGAAAAUAAAAGAUGACAAUAAAAUGAAGAAGGAGAUAGAGCUACAUGAUAAAAAUUUCUUUGAAUCAGAACAACUAAUUUUUCAGGAUAAAUUGCAACGUGGGGAAAAGUUAGAAGUAGAGGAGAAAGAAUUAGACGAAAUAGAAGAAGAGAAAUUGCGGCGACGAAUGAGUUUUUUCGAACAAACAAUUCCUCGGGCAAACGAAGAAAAAUUAUUUCCAGACUUUCGCUCACCGCUCUGUAAUAUAGAAUUUGUUCGAAAAUCUUGCGAUGCUGAUGUUUGCAUGAAAAAAUCGUCAGAAUCAAUACACCCUCCGAAGAAAUGUCGCGCCGACCGACUUCCGGUGAAUGUACCAGCGAAAAGACAGGAAUUACAAAGGGACAAACAUACCAAUUAAUUAUAUAAAUAAUAAUGUAGAUAGAUUGUGCGAAGUUUUUGAUAAGAAAUAAAUAUUUUUUACUUAAAUCAAUAAGUCUCGAGAUAGAAAAAAUUCAA